AUCACCAUCCAUAAUGGCUUCAAAAAUCGUCGUCGUCGGUGACGUCAACGGGCAAUUCAAGACCGUCUUCCAGAAGCUGGGCGCACUGCACGCAAAGAACAACUUUGCUUUCGCCCUCAUCGUAGGCAACUUAUUUGCAGCCUCGCUCGAUGAUGAGGACACGGCUUCAGGUGAUGUGCAGGCACUUAUUGAUGGCCAAAUCGAGGUGCCGUUGCCCACCUACUUUGCUCUUGGCAGCAAUCCACUUCCCCCAGCAGUCGUCCAAAAGUUGGAAUCUUCCAGUGAUGAACUAUGCCAUAAUCUCUUCUUUCUUGGUAAGCGGACUACUAUGAAGACGUCUGAGGGCAUCCGCAUUGUCGCACUAGGCGGCCGGUUAGAUGCGAACAUCAUUGCUGGUCAGUCCAAGGACAAGUACCCGCCUUUUUACAGCGAGACGGAUGCCAAGAUUUUGCGAGGAGCAACGACAGCUGAUAUCCUCAUCACCAACGAGUGGCCAGAGGACAUUCGCAAGCGUUCCAAGGUCGAGUUCAACCCUGACGUACAGCCGACUAGUCAGCAAUGCAUCGCAGAUCUGGACGUGAUCUUGAAACCCAAGUACCACUUCUCAACAUCCGGCGGCACCUUUUACGAGCGAGAGCCAUUCUUUCAUCCACCCAGUGCUGAAACCGACAAUCUCUAUCCGGUAACGCGAUUCAUCAGUCUGGCGUCCUUUGGCAAUCCCAAUAAGCAAAAGUGGAUCUAUGCCUUUUCUCUCGAGCCUUCUGCGAGCCAUCCCGUCGCACCUCCGCCUGGCUCAACUGCUUGUCCUGUCGUUCUUUCUGAGAAGAAGCGAGUUGCACCUGAGUAUCAGGAACAACAUCUAGUCUAUGACGAUGGAAGUCGAGGCCGGAGGGGCAAUAAGAGACGAAAGGGUGAGCCUCGAGGGCCCAUUACCGCAUCAGAAUGUUUCUUUUGCUUGGCCAAUGAAAACAUUGCAACGCACUUGAUAACCUCGAUUGGCGAGAACUCGUAUUUGACUACUGCAAAAGGCCCGCUGCCAACUCCACAAACCUUUUCCAAACUUGGCUUCCCCUGCCACAUGCUCAUCAUUCCAUUUACACACCAGCCGACGCUGGGAUCAAUGGCAGAAGAAGAACGCCACGCGACCUAUGCAGAGAUGCAACGAUAUCGGCACGCAAUGAACAGUAUGCUCAAGUCCAUAGCAGAUACUGACUAUGGUUCAGUCACGUGGGAAGUCAGUAAAUCUAGCUUGCCUCAUACACACUGGCAAUACCUCCCAGUCAGCGCCGACCUCAUUAGCAAAGGACUUGUCGAGGCUGCAUUCAAGGCAUUGGCCGAGAAUCUACAUUGGCCGAAAUUUCAAAAAGAGGAUGUUGGUGACGGAGUCGAAGAGACGAGCGACUUCUUCAGGGUCUUGGUGUGGGAUCCAAAAGACGAUCCAGACAAGCAGACAAGCUACGUUAUGCGCUUCGAUGAAAAGAUACGCUUCCACAACCAGUUUGGGCGAGAGGUAUUGGCCAAGUUGUUGCGACUCGACCAGCGUGUCGACUGGAAAAAUUGUGGACAGACGCAGCCUCAGGAAGAGCAGGAUGUUGAAAAGUUCAAGGAGGCGUUCAAAGAGUUUGACUUUGCCGCAUGAUAGCCAUACUCAGCAAGUAACCUUGACUCUAUGCAAUCUCUUUCCGUCGAUUAAACAAGGCCAGAGGCGCGACAAUCCGGCGGUUGGAGCAUUGUUACCACACAAUCUAUACAUCCCGGAGUACGUCCGACCAAGCUUCUCCAAGAGAUUGGUUCGUAAUGCAUAGACGUCACGCUGCUAAUGGAACAUUGCCACAAAGACACGCAAGCCCAGCCAAGUCCCAAGACCCCGACGUCGCUGCGAAUAUACUCGAAACGGCAAUUCUGACAUCAAACUGUCCAAUGCAGCACUAAAGGGUUGGCAUACCAAGCUCCGGUGUCGCCAUGGGUAAACAAGGCCUUAUUUCCGGUAACCCGAGCAGGUCUCGUGCUCUGGCCAGCAAAUUCAUUGCAGUCUUCACCUCCGUACCAGCGUCUCAAUUAAAACAAAACUUCAAGAUUAGAUGCAGGACAAACAACAAUUAUCUAAACAUGGUUUUGAUGCGCCAGACGCGCACCAUU